GAAAAACCCAAUGUAUCCCAUUGGUCUCUCUUUUUAGCCUUCCAUCACGCGCCGGCAUUUCUAUGGAAAUAAGCCAUAACCUGGCACUUCUCGAAUUUCAAAUAUUUCAAAACCCAAAGCCAGCAGAACACUACAAAAAUUUUCAGUACACUGCAGCACAACUACCACCUGACCAUGUUCAGCACGGGCAAGCCCCGCGGCAAGCCCGCAGCGGGCGCGAAGAAGAAGCUGAAGCACGGGGGUGCCAGCAUGUCCAACCUGGCUGCGCUGUACGGCGGCCAGGAGACGGGGAAGGAGGUCACGGAGCAGGACAAGCACGAGGAGUUGAUGCGGAAAAGAAGAAAUUAUCUGCAAGUCUCCGCCAACAAGGACCGGCAGCUAUUUCAGGAAAAAAUGCUGCAGUCCGGAAACACGGCCUUCAACAGCAUGCGGAAUGACAGCAAAGACAGCAGCAGCCAGAAUGAGACUUUGCCGCUCACUUUAGAACAGGAGUUAGACUAUGCGGACACGACGGAGCUCAGGGAGCUGUUCGAGGCAACCGAUGCCGCCAUGGCACAGGACGAUAUUUUGAGGCGGCUGCAAACCGGGUUGCCCCUCGGGGAGUACCAGACGAUUUACAUUAAAGACGUGGUGGAAGAGGGGGUCAAGCACAUGCGGUCCACAAAGCCGCGCAACUGGGCCGAGUACUUGUACGGGCGGGAGCGCGCCGGUAUGCGCGCGAACAUGUACAUGCCAGGGUCAGCCGCCAGUGGGCAACAGCAGCAGCUACAAGGAUUACACCCUGCGCACCAUCAUUCCCCCGAGCGCCAGAGCACGAUUCCGCCGAUCGGGCCUGGUUCAGCGUCGAAUGUGCUCAAGGACUUGAUCGGUGGGGCGAGCCAAGCAGACCAGGCGCUCUCGCAGAUGAACGUGUUUAUGCAGACCCACGUCGACACGAUGGACAGUAUCGAGACGCUUUUGAGCGAAUUGAACGAAGGCGCCAGCUCCCGCGGCACGGGCCGCGAGACCCCGCAGCGGCCCAGUCUGAAAAUCCCAAGAAGUGCUGCGCGAGAAAGCGGCGGGCUGAACGAUGGCUUCGACAACAUGAAUAAAGCAGGAACUUCCCGCGGACAAAAAGCGGUCGGGUGGAAUUUGGAACCGCACCGGUUCCGGUUGGACGUGGAAAUGGGCCAUUUCACGAUGAAGAAGCCACCCCGGCACCAGUCCCGGCUGUCGCACCGCAAGAUUUGGACGGCGUUUGACCCGAGCGAAAACAUCCAGGCGUGUGUCAAAGGCGAGCCGCACAAUUUGCCACGGGACGAGUCCGUGCUGCAUAAGGAAGCGCGGAUUCUCGCACGCUUGCAGGAGGACGAGGACCAGCCGGGCAUCCCCUACAUGUACGCCUUCGGGCUGAACGAGAUUUCGAAGCAGUACCUCCUGGUCACCGAACUGCUCGGGCCCAAUCUGGAGCAGCUCUUCGCGCACGAAAUUGUCGGACGGAAGGAGGCGUACGGCUUCGACACGAAAACGGUGCUGGGGAUCGGGUUGCAAGCCCUGCGGGCGUUGAGCUACGUGCACAAGUGCAACAUUCUGCACCGGGCGGUCAAGCCCUCCAAUUUUGCGGUCGGCAACGUUACGAACGUUUGGAACAAGAAGUUGAUUUACUUGUUGGACUACGGCUGGGCGAAGGAUCUGGGACCUGUUGUGGAGGCGCAACGAGAAAAGGAUCGCACGGAGAAUAUCAAGAAGGAAGGGGUAAUAAGUUUAUACUUGUUUCUAAUUGUUGAUUUUCAUCACACAUGAAAAUAAAGGCACCGUCGGCAUGAAUGAAAUAAUUGGGGAUAUCAGCACUAGCAUUGCUUGCAAGAGACCAACUUGUAAAUUUCAAUUUCAAACGACACCAGGAGCUUUUGAAGCGGCGGGGCGGUGGUGCGUCGCAGCAGGAGCAGAAAAGCAACGCUGGAACGUCGAUCGUUGACGGCGGGCCGACGGGCGACCCGGUCGACGGCCCUCCGCAGAACCAGUUUGUCGAGCUGCCCAACAUUGCCGACUGGCCGAGGUACCGCGAGGUCGCGAAGCGGACGAAGAAGUCCUUUCACGCCGAUGACGAUUUGAUUGCCGUCACGAAGGAUUUGCCGUACAACAAUCACGUGUUGUUCGCGUCCCCCCAGGCGCAUCGCAACCAGCUAAACGCCACGUGGCGGGACGACUACUGCGCUCUCGGGUACAUGAUGGUGUAUUGGCUCUCCGGCGGCUCCCUACCCUGGUCGGAUCGCAUUUCGGAAGAGAAUCUCUUUCCCGAGUCCGCCCGGUUUUUGAACCUAAAAGCGAAGGCGAAAAGGGAGAGCGAGCGGAAGCACUUGCACCACCACCGCGGCCACUCCGCUGGGUCGGACGGCAGUCGUGGCAACAAAGGAGCUAUCAAAUGCAAAAAUGUCUGGGUCUGGAAGAAUGCAUGUUUGUCAUGCUCGUCUGGCAUGACUCUUAAAUCUGUCAUGCACGUUACGCGUUGUUGUUGGGCCAACAGCCCCAUUUUCUGUCAUGCACAAACGCAGUUUGUCAUGCAGAAUAGGCAACAUCUAGAAGCUCAGAAACCUGUCAUGCUGAGCCAGCACUUGUGGCUUCCUCAUAAUAUGCCACCCAGCAUCACAAGUUUCCAGACCCAGACAUUUUUGCAUUCCAUAGGAGCUGGGUCCGAGCAAUCCGAUUCCUUCUCGACCACGUCGGAUGACCGAAACAAUCUCGACGAGGACCUGGAUCUGCCAAAUAACAACCUGACCCAUGAAGACGACGAGAACGACCUCGUCACGCCGGAUAUUUUCCGCACUGCUUCCGCGGUCUGCUUCGCCCCGAAUCUGCGCGAUAAGGACGAUCAACCGCCGACCUGGCCGUUGCCUCUGCAGCAGCAAAUGCGCGGCGACCGAAUCCGGGCCAAGGAAGUGUUGACGCUGGUUACUCGCCGCAGGGUGUUGCAGGAGAUCGAAGCGGCGAAGACGUCCACCACGUGGACGAAGGUGUGCCAACCCGUGCCGGGGAAGAAGAUGCGGGCCAAGUUCAUUGAGUUUUUCCGCUACGUGUACGAGGGUCGGGCGAUUUCCUCCACGAUUGACAUGGGCGGCCACGACAGCGACGACAGCAGCAGCGAAAACAAGGGCAGCGUCGACAGCGGCGGGGGCGGCCGGAUCGUGAACUGGGCGCAGCUCUUGCCGAUCGUCAAUUGCGACUCGCCGUGGACCAUGCACGCGGAACAGCACGCGUUCGACUGCAACGUGCGGGUCAAGCACGACACCGAGAAGCUGGAAAGGUACUUGCUCGAAAUGGCGGAAGGAACCGAGAUGGACUUGUCGCAGCCCGGGUUUUGCUGGGACGACGACUACCAUGGGCCAGCGCACGCGAAGCAACGGCGCCCCAAGGUGCUCGAGAAAAAGACCUUCCCGAAACAGACCUUCCCGAGUUACGUGCAGCGUGCGUGCGUGCUGCGUCACGACCAGAUGCACGGCCGGGUACACCGGGUGCUCGACUGGGAGCGGGAGCUGGGCGAAGCGGAGGAAGCAGCAUGGAACAAGCAUCUAGCGUAUUUUUUUGAAUGGUUUUUGUUUUGUGAAUCAUUUGUUUUGGUGAGGGUCAAAAGAUUAAUACUUCGCGAAGAAUGAUUGCACAGGAUGAGGGUCGUGUCGUGAUAUGUUGACUUCAGAAAUUUGCUGUCAAAAUCGAUCCAAAAAAAAACAACAGCCUGAUCCAGAAGUGGGCCCAAGCGAAGACGCCAGCCCUGGCCUUCAGCAUGCAGAAGCGAAGCAACCCAGUGAAGCGAAAGUCUCUCGUGCCCCUCAAAAGACAGACCGACCUGACGACUAGUUUUCAGGCCUUCCGUGACAGCCUCUAUGUUCCGCUGGAGAUGCGGCAGAGCUACUACGAAAGCCAGCAAGCUGCCGCCGCUGAAGCCGCGGCGGAGAAGGCAGCGGCCGACGCCGCCGCCGCACAGGCAGAAACUGAAAAUUCAUGAUGACUGUUUUGCGGGCCUCUUUGUGGGCAUAGUCAUUGCAUCAUUGUUUAUUCAUUCCCACCCUUGAUUUCUUGUGUUGAGUUUGAAAUAUUUCAUAACCUGAAGUUUUCAACACCUCGUAGUAUAUUACGGUAUCUGAGUUCUCUGAGCAGGAGGAGAUUUAGAACACACCCAACUCGUAUACAGAAAACGAAGGUUCCUUUUUGGACUACCCAAUUUUCGAUUUCCAGGCACUAUCGUCUGCUGAAAAUUU